AUGGGCGCAGGGCGUCCAUCGGACGGCCUUAGGACGGCCUACCAUAAGGAUCAGUGUGAUAAUGUCACAAGGACCGCUUCCCCAGCCCCUACUAGCACCUCUUCAUUGUCAUCUACAGACUGGCCGGCAAAUGUGAUAUUCCCGGCGAUCUCAACGCCCGGGCUUGUCAGUCGCUUGACACUCGCGCCAGAGAAUGCGCGGUUCGGCAAUUUGAAUGCCGUCUAUGGUCUUUUAGCCGUCGGUAGUGUGGAGAUCCAGACACCGAGCCUGAGAAUGGCAACCGGCUUCAACGAGGACGAUGUCCUGCUGGACCCGGAAUUUGUGUUUGUGCUGUAG